AGUGUGUUCGUUUGUGGGCCGCCCGACCGGUCCGUCGGCCGUUUCCAGUCAGUGAAUGGAGCGCACCCAGGUGGAACAACAGGUAGACAGCUAAAGCAACUUGAGGCGUCUUCUUUUCUUUUUCUUUUUUUGUUUGGAAGCGGAAGCGCAUUGCCUCGCGAAAGGAACGUGCAGGAAUGAGCAAGCCGAGCAGCAGCAGGAGCAGCAGCAGCAGCAGCAGCAGCAGCAAAACAACCCGUGUUGUGGUUUGGUGAUUGCUUGUGACGGGAUUUUCCCACUUUCGGACUAUUUUGUGCCAAAGUCCGGUUAGAGUGGACGUGGACGAGGACAAGUUAUGUGCAAGCUCCUUUGAGCUCGGUUCCUGAACGAGUCGCCCGAAGGAGGUGAUGGAGGUUCUUCGCAAGUCGUCGGCGUUCGCCGCCGAGGUCAUGGAGGUGUUUGACCGAUCCCUAAGCAACAAGCAGCUGGUGUUGCAGGCCAAGGCCUUGUGCCGGGACUUCAUCCUGUCCCGACUAAACCAGAACGGGCUGACGUGGUCCAAGAGCGAGCUCAACCUGUCCCCCUGCCGCGCUGCCCUGGCCGAGGUCUCCUUUGUGCUCGUCUGCCUGGGUGAUGAGCUGGAGCGCAUCCUUCCCAGCCUGUACAGGAAUGUGGCCCGCCAGCUCGAUAUUUCUGUUGCCAUGGAGAACAUGGUUUCCGACGCCUUCAUUGGCGUCGCCACCGAGAUCUUCUCGACAGGCAUCACGUGGGGCAAGGUGGUGUCCAUGUACGCGGUGGCCGGUGCCCUGGCUGUAGACUGCGUGAAGCAAGGACACGCUGGCACGGUUCACAUCAUCGUGGACAGUCUGGGCCAGUUCGUCCGCAAGUACCUGGUUCAGUGGCUGAAAAGACGUGGAGGAUGGCUGGAACUGAACAAGUGCGUGGUGAAGAGGGAGCCCUUUCCCAAACACCGCUGGCUCUCAUCCGCCCUGGAUUCCCUGCGAUACUUCCUCACUUCCAUGUACGUUUAUAUAAUGAAGGAAGCGUGACCGCCGCAGCACGCUCAAAGGACACUGGCGGGGAUCCGUCACGCUUUUUCCUCCAUCGGACCGCUGCCGGCAGCCAUGGACCAAUGCUUGCUCAGCAUUUCUCUCUUUUGUCACAUGGGAUUUGGCUUCAUCCAGAGUCUAGUGGCAAGACGCUGCAGAUGAGGUGGGGGGGGGGGAGCAACUGCAGUAUUAUGACUCCCCGCUUGGUCCGCUGCUUCAAUGCAAACAUUUUGAGUCAGGUUUUUUUUUUUUUAGCUGUCUUGCUUGUUUUAGGACCAACAAGGAC